AUUUCGCUAAAGCAUCCGCCACCAUAUUAGGUUCCAUGAGAUGUAACGUACGGAAAAUGAAGCGUGAGAUUGAAGAGAAAAUGAAGCGUGAAUAAAUAAAUACUAUUCAAAUAACUAGCCAUUGUGAAACUAGUACUUUUCCCCUUCAUUUUGCAGGGAAGAAGAAUCAUUGGAGAAAGAAACACACAAAAUGGCAAGACGAUCAUACAAGACGAAUUUGGGAUGCAUAGCAUGCGACGAUUUGGCGGAUCUCGGAGCCGGAAAACCCGGUUGGCUCGUCGACAACCCGAAUCUCCUCACCGCCCUCGACACCCACUCUCUCCUCCUCGCCAACCGCAUCUCAAUCCUCGUUCUCUCCUGGUCCGAUCCCGAUGCAUCUCGGGUCAAGAUCCGACCCGAAUUGUCCCCCAUCGAUGCCGAAUCCAUCUCCGCCGUCGAGUGGUUGGUCUUCGACGACGUUCGUGUCAUCGUCGCCGGAACUUCCUCUGGUUACUUGCUUGUUUACUCCUUGCGCGGUGAAUUGAUUCAUAGGCAGAUGAUUUAUCCUGGACGUGUUUUGAAGUUGAGAGUUCGCGGAACGAAGAAAGAUUUGAUUCAAGACUCUUCUUCAGAAGAGUUUUGUCUCAUUAUGCCUGGUGUGAUUGCCCGUUUUGAUAGCUCUGAUAUUCAGAAUAUGCUGCAGAAAUGGUUUGAAGAAUCGCAAUCUCAGUUAUGGAAUCAAAAGCCAAAGAGGGAAGAUUCAGAGGAUUUUGAACAUUCCCAUGUGAAAUUACCUUACCAGGUGUGGAAUGUUGGCAAGUAUGGUACUUGUGCUGAUGCCGCAAUCACUGGGAUAAUGCCUCCACCACUGAUGGAACAGCAGUCAAGUCAACGUUAUUAUUGUGCAGUGGCUGUUGGAGAGGAUGCUGUGAUUUCAGCUUACAGACUUUCUGAGGACAAAGGCAGGUCAUUAGUGGGGGCUAUCCUGUCUAAAGUAGUGCCUGCAGCAUUUUCCACAGUAGCUUCUUUUUCUAAAUUGAUUUGGCGAAGUGAACCGGCUUCUCCAAAGAAAUCUCCAAGGAAAUCAGAUCAGAAGCCUCAGCCAUUUGCUCGAGCUUCACCUUUGACGUGUUUAAAAGAUCACCCUAGGAAAGGUGAGAAGCUUACCUUAUCACCAAGUGGUACAUUGGCUGCUAUAACUGAUUCUCUUGGUCGCAUAUUGCUGCUUGAUACACAAGCACUUGUGGUGGUGCGCUUAUGGAAGGGAUAUAGGGAUGCCAGCUGUCUAUUCAUGGAGAUGUUGGUGAAUAAAGAUACUGCAUCGUCAAGCUCUACUUAUUAUGAACCAAUGAAGAGUGAUUACUGCUUGUGUUUGGCUAUUCAUGCACCAAGAAAAGGAAUUAUUGAGAUCUGGCAAAUGAGAACUGGGCCACGACUUAGAACGAUUCCAUGUGCUAAAGGUAGCAAGAUGUUGCAACCCACCUACAGGUUUGGUGCAUCCAUAUCCUCUCCAUAUGUCCCGCUGGAAGUUUUCUUGUUAAAUGGGGACUCGGGUCAGAUAUCAGUCUUAAACCGAACCUUGGAUUCUUGACAUGUUCUGCUACAACAAAAGCAGUGUAUGAUAUUAUAAUGUUCUCGCCAUGCUCGGGGUCCGAGGAAAGGUUUAUUGUAGGCAGGUUGGCCAGCGUAUGCAAAGAAAGCAAUCCUACAGCUCGAACCAAAUCUCCAGAUCAGAUGGCAACACUUUAAAAUCGGGGUGCCAUGAUUCCUCCAAAAAUGGUGUAUUGAAGUUCAAUAUAGGAAUGGUUACUAUUCGUCCGACUAGUCGAAAUUUCUACUAUUUGUAAAGGGGAAAUUGAUAGAAACAUGAUUGUGAGUGAGGGAGACUUCUCGUCCGAUGGUUUCUUUUUACAAUUGGGUUAUUGUUUUGUUCACCCAAUGCUAUGGGUUCGGUUCCUCUAAGAGACUUGUGUCUCCGUUUCUUUUUACAUCACUUUAAAGAACCAAAUCUUACUCUUAAAUCCCUUAUUAUGUAUCCACUAUCCUCUAACAACUAGCUAACUUUUUUUGUGAUAAAAGAUGUAUUAAUUCUUCUCUUUUGGUUA